GAAAAGCGUUCUCGUUCUGUCAUUUUGCUGUCAAUUUUCAAUUGUAAAAGUCAUUCGGUUUAUUGUAGAGUUUCAAACAAUAAGAAUAAAAAUGUUUGAUGCGGCUGGAAAUCCACCCCCGUUCUGGCACAAUGGCCCAACUCCUGGUGGUCUGUAUAAUUUUCCAGGCCCUAAGACGGCCCCUAGUGACUUUAGACAACAUUCACAGGCUCCGGUCACCACUGCGACUUCAAUAGUGGCCAUGCAAUACAACAAGGGUGUUAUAAUUGCAGGCGACCUUCUUGGCUCUUAUGGGUCUUUGGCAAGAUACAGAAAUUGUCCAAGAAUCAUGAAAGUUAACGAUAAUAUUAUUUUGGGGGCAGGUGGCGAUUAUGCCGAUUUUCAAUACGUCAAGGACAUAAUCGAGCAAAAAAUCAUUGAUGAAGAUUGUUUGGAUGAUGGUUUCAAGCUGAAACCAAAAUCUCUUUACUGCUGGUUGACCAGAAUUAUGUACAACCGCAGGAGCAAAUUCGACCCUUUCUGGAACAAUUUUGUUGUUGGGGGCCUUCAAGACGGGGAGCCCUUCCUUGGAACUGUCGAUAAAUUAGGAACCGCUUACACAGAUAAAAUCGUUUGUUCUGGUUACGGAGCAUACAUAGCUGUGCCCCUUCUGAGAGAAGCGCUAGAAAAAAAUCCCACCCCUAGCAAAGCCGAGGCUAGGGCUCUUGUGGAAAAGUGCAUGGAAGUUUUGUAUUACAGGGACGCCAGGAGUUAUCCCAAAUAUCAAAUUGCAACGAUCGAUGAAGCCGACGGUGCCGUUGUCGAGGACCUCGUCAGCGUGAACCAAAAUUGGAGCUUGGCGCAUAUGAUUUAUUAAUUAUUUUUUGUAUUUUGUAAUUGAAAAUAAAGGAAUGAAAUUUGA